UCCUCGGCAGAAACCCCGUAGUGCAGCACAGCAGCGCCAUUCGAAAACUGCAGCAGAUCCAAAAUGGCAGGAGCCGAUGGAGACGAUUCUCUCUACCCCAUCGCCGUUCUCAUUGAUGAACUGCGAAAUGAGGACGUUCAGUUACGUCUUAACAGCAUCAAGAAGCUGUCCACCAUUGCCCUGGCUCUCGGUGUAGAGCGGACUCGCACUGAGCUCCUUCCUUUCCUCACAGAUACUAUCUAUGAUGAAGAUGAGGUGCUCUUGGCGUUGGCUGAGCAACUUGGGAACUUCACCAUGUUGGUGGGAGGGCCGGAGUACGUCCACUGUCUCCUGCCUCCUCUUGAGAGCUUAGCCACAGUGGAAGAGACAGUAGUCCGAGACAAAGCCGUGGAGUCCCUGCGGAAGAUCUCUCAGGAGCACUGUCCAGUUGAUCUGGAAGUACACUUUGAGCCUCUCGUGAAGCGGCUUGCCAGCGGUGACUGGUUCACUUCUCGCACAUCUGCCUGCGGCCUCUUCAGUGUGUGUUAUCCACGUGUUUCCAGCACCGUCAAAGCAGAGAUCCGCCAGCAUUUCCGUACCUUGUGCUCAGAUGACACCCCUAUGGUGCGUCGUGCGGCGGCAUCUAAACUUGGAGAGUUUGCUAAAGUCCUGGAGCUGGAUUAUGUAAAAAGUGACAUAAUUUCCCUCUUCACUGCUCUGGCAUCUGAUGAGCAGGACUCAGUGCGACUGCUGGCAGUGGAGGCUUGUGUCAGUAUUGCCACUCUGCUGCCUCAAGAGGACCUUGAGACCCUGGUGAUGCCAACUCUGCGCCAGGCUGCAGAAGACAAAUCCUGGAGAGUCCGUUACAUGGUGGCUGACAAGUUUUCAGAGCUCCAGAAAGCAGUGGGGCCAGAGAUCACCAAGAACGAUCUGGUCCCGGCUUUCCAGAACCUCCUGAAAGACUGUGAAGCCGAGGUCCGUGCUGCUGCAGCAAACAAAGUCAAAGAAUUCUGCGAGAACCUCCCAGAGGACAAUCGUGAGCAAAUCAUCAUGACUCACAUCCUGCCCUGCGUCAAGGAGCUUGUCUCAGACACCAACCAGCAUGUGAAGUCGGCCCUCGCCUCGGUCAUCAUGGGCCUGUCCACCAUUCUCGGCAAGGACAACACAAUAGAGCAUUUACUGCCUCUCUUCCUGGCCCAGCUCAAGGACGAGUGCCCGGAGGUGCGUCUCAACAUCAUCUCCAACCUGGACUGUGUGAACGAGGUGAUCGGCAUCCGUCAGCUGUCACAGUCCCUGCUGCCAGCCAUUGUGGAGCUGGCAGAGGACGCCAAGUGGAGGGUCCGGCUCGCCAUCAUAGAGUACAUGCCCUUGUUGGCAGGACAGCUGGGAGUGGAAUUUUUCGAUGAGAAACUCAACACUCUCUGCAUGGCUUGGCUCAUUGACCACGUGUACGCCAUUCGAGAGGCGGCCACCUGUAACCUCAUGAAGCUGGUGGACAAGUUUGGAACCGAGUGGGCUCAGAACACCAUCGUUCCUAAAGUGCUGGGUAUGGCCAACGACCCCAACUACCUCCACAGGAUGACCACUCUGUUCUGCAUCAACGCUCUGUCAGAGACGUGUGGGGACGAGAUCAUCACCAAGCAGAUGCUGCCGGUGGUCCUCAAGAUGUCCAACGACCAAGUGGCCAACGUGCGCUUCAACGUGGCCAAAUCCCUUCAGAAGAUCGGCCCCAAAAUCGAAAACAGCGUCCUUCAGGCAGAAGUGAAGCCGGUGCUGGAGAAGCUGGCUACAGACCAAGACAUGGACGUCAAGUACUUUGCCCAGGAGGCUCUUAGUGUUCUGCCCUUUCAAUAAUAACCAACCCACCACGACUAAAGCAGAGACCCGCCCAAGACAAGAACUCCCAACAGUUUUACAAGAUAUUUAUUGAUGUUCAGGAACAACUGGUUAAUGUGUAGAGAAAGCUGUUAACACUUGUUUUAUCCUCAUCCUUUGUGUUUUUUUUUACUGUCUCUGUCCAGGCAUAGCACAGGCUUCUUGUAAACCUUCCUCUUUGCUGUAAAUGGUUGCUUUCACAAAGACAAAGUGUGAUGAAGCUAAAAUAAGUGGUGCAUGCUGACUAAUGUGCUACUGUACUCGCUAGGCAUCAAUAACCAGAGCCCCCCUCCCCUCCCCUCCACCUCUCACAUUCCCCCCUCGUACGUCUCGGCCACUGUUGCGCCCCAGUGGGGCCCCGGGUCCUCGCUCGCUCUCUGUGCCGCUGCACCUCUUCUCACAACGCGAGGUGGAAACUUUUUUUUUGCAGCAGCAGAUGGUGCAACAAGGUGUUUGUUUAGCUGAGCUGGGUCCUGAAUCAGCCCUUUGAUAGCGCCCUUUUCCCAGAGACACUGUUGUGGCUCUCCAAAGGAGCGACUCAAAGGUCCGUACAGAUCCGGCCUGUUUGUGUUUCCAGCAGACCAAACCUGUUGUCCACCAAGUGCUUCACAGGACGGUAAUGUACAAAAGACAUACUGGGGUGUCCGUUAACCGCAUGGAAUCAGAUGAACUGCAGUGAUUGCAUGGACCUAUGAAUGGAAAGCAGCUCCAUCCAGCAGACGAGCCCGUCUGUCCCCCUGCUUCACAGACGCAUUCGGUCCAACACAAAGAAUGAUUUUGGCCCGGUGUUACGGGGACCAGCUCAGCGGUUAAAGCGUCGCUUAGAAUUCUCCCUCCUCCAAAUCGGUUGUGAUUUUCCCUUCAAUGUGUUCUCAGCAUCGCUCCAAAUCUGUGUGCCAAUGACUCGGAUAAACAGUUGGGUUUUUUUUUUUUUUUGUUUGUUCCAGUCUGCUUGGGUAAACCUUUUAUCACCUGUCCUGCUCUGUAAAGACGCAGCUCUGCUCUUCUUUGUACGGGACGGUAGGAAAACGACGACAGCCGUGAGUGUUUCUCUUCAAUCCACGCUCGGUCCUCCGCUGAACGAGGCGCUAAAGCAUUAAGUCGGUGAGCGCGAAGGCUUCAAAAUCUCCACAGCUAGACAACAAGUGCAUGCUUUCAAAGAAAGUGGGACGGGGGACAGGGAGCGCGUGUCCGUAAGGCUGCAUAAUGUUUUAUUAUGGGGUGGGAGUGGGUCAGUGUUGGGCGGGUUGAGUAAAUGUAUCAUCUGUGUUGAUAAGAGAAACUUUUGUCUUUUCCCUGAAAUGCUCCUGCUGUUCUUCCUCCUCCCUCUUAUUCUGUUCUCUUGAAUAAACCUUGAUUGUUGAUUGUCCUGUACCAUGAAGGCUGUGCUUUUUAUUUUUAUUUUGGAUUCUCUUCACAAUUGGGAUGCUGUACUACUGUCUCUUGAUCUGAAUAAAGUAACACAAUGGAAUCAG